CAACCUCUGUCCGUGCACCUUUACACUAGUAUUUAUACCUAAAUCACCACUCUCUUUCCUAUCUCAUACGCCAUCCUUUCUCCAAUUCAAACACUUCCACCAUACAACUCUCCUCUCCUGCUAUUUUGGAAGAAAUGGAUACGUGGGUCCCGUUAUUCAUUUGUAUGGUCAUGUAUGGAGUAUAUGGCUUGACCAUGGGUGCACCACCUAAGAAGCCUGUGGACGUGCAAUUUCAGAAGAACUACAUGCCCACAUGGGCCAGUGACCACAUCAAGUACAUCAAUGGGGGUUCUCAGGUUCGGCUCGUGCUUGAUAAAUACUCAGGGACGGGAUUUCAAUCCAAAGAUUCCUACUUGUCUGGGCAUUUUAGCAUGAAAAUCAAGAUGGUGGGAGGAGAUUCGGCUGGAAUUGUCACUGCUUUCUAUCUUUCUUCUGAGGGGACAGAGCAUGAUGAGAUAGAUUUUGAGUUCUUGGGGAAUAGGACCAAUCAACCGUACAUCCUUCAAACCAACGUCUUCACGGGAGGGAAAGGGAACAGAGAACAAAGGAUCUAUCUGUGGUUUGAUCCAACUAAGCACUACCAUUCCUACUCCAUCCUAUGGAACAUGCAUCAAAUUGUCUUUUUUGUGGAUGACGUCCCAAUCAGAAUAUUCAAGAACAGCAAAGAUGUAGGGGUGAGAUUUCCUUUCAACCAGCCCAUGAAAAUCUACUCCAGCUUAUGGAACGCUGAUGACUGGGCCACCAGGGGAGGACUGGAGAAAACUGAUUGGUCUAAAGCCCCCUUCGUCGCCUCAUACACUUCCUUCCACGUGGACGGCUGCGAUGCCUCUCAAUCGGCGAAAGUGUGCACGACACGUGGACGGAUGUGGUGGGACCAAAAAGCCUUCCAAGAUCUGGAUGGUCCACAAUACAGGAAGCUCAUGUGGGUCCGGAAGAAGUACACCAUUUACAAUUAUUGUGCUGAUAGAUCUAGGUACCUCAGCGUGCCACCUGAGUGUGCUAGAGACAGAGACAUUUAGAGCCCAUUUCUGACAAGUGGGCCUCAUGGUUUGAUGAUCUAGACCGUUGAUCUUAUGGACCCCACUGCAGAUUGGGUUCCACCCAAAACUCUUCCAGAUUUGAAUAUCUUAGACAUCCUAAGUUUGGCCUUUUUUAUAGGCGGUUCCUACUUAAAUCUUGUAUUUGUAGGCCACUGAUCUAAUUGCUAGUGAGACAUCUAGUCUUUCGAUAUUUUUAGUGCCUUUUAGAUAUUUAAGAUGUGUGGUUCACUUCAUCUACAGUUUGGAUUAUAAAGAAUAUUAGUCUUAUUUAAUUUUUA